UUACCUAGUCUCAGAUGCUUCUUAUCUUAUCUCAAAAAACUAAGCGAGCCAUGUUCCCCAUCCCUUGUAACCUUUCGAGUCUUUCCGACCAAUCUUUGUGCUUCGGUAGGACAAUAACAAUAUUUUCAUCCCGACGCAGAUCACGGUAUAAAACAUGGCAUCCCCAGCUAUCCCGCAGAAGCGAACCUAUAGACACAAAUCACACUCGGAAGAAUCGAAGAAUAAAUGUAUCUGCACCGCGGCAAGCAUAGCUGCGGCAAAGGUAUCACAGCGGGCACCGACGAUCGAACGAGUUCUUACCAUCUCAGAAGAUGCCGUCUGGUCACUCCGCAAAUCCGAUCUCCGAAAUCACUUCCUCACUCUUCAACAGUACACUCAAUCACUCUUGGAUGGGGUGCCAAGAACCGAUUGUAGUGGAGAUGCCCACGGUGAUUUGAAUGAGACCCACCUGUCCGAAGCCCUUCCCCCACUCCUACGCGUGCCACCGGAAAUACGUCAAUUAAUAUAUCGCCAUCUGCUAGCGCCGCCCUCCGAUGACCCUCGUCUUGGCCCCCACCCCCGCCAACUCCAAUCCCACAUCUACCUUUCCUGCGUGUUUGAAGUCGCGGUCCUCCACCUCAAUCGCCAAAUAUACCACGAAGCGCUCCCAAUUUUCUACGGUAAUCCCCUCCAAACCAUCUCUUUAACCGUCAACUACAAUCUCUGGGCGCACAAGACGCAACGCUCCGAUCUAGUUCUCUCAUCAUCCCUUACCUCAUCUAUUCGAAAUCUGUCGCUUUCCAUCCAGCUCGGUAGUGAGAAACGGAAACAGAAACCCGAGGAUUUUGAAGCUGAGGCGAGACUAAAGGAAGUAGCUAAAGGGAUCAAGAAACUGAGGAAAUGGUUAGCAGGAGCCGAUAUUCAAGUUCUAACAAUUGGGUGGCAAGAGCCACCGCAAACUUAUACAUUGGAGCAGAAGAAAGAGAUUUUGGAUGGGCUGAGACCUCUGAGGGCGGUAAGAGUGGAGGCCGGAGAUAUAAAUUGGGGCUUGGAUUGGAACAAGGGAAAGAAAUUUAGGUUUGACGUUGAUUAUUUAAAAGAAUUGGAAAGAGAACGAUCCUGACAUUUGCAUGUUAGGGUUCGCAUAUGUCGUAGGCGGUGCUCCGACUAUGUAUUUGACUGGCUCACCGAAACACUGCAUGUAAGACAAAUGUCGGGAUACAUAAACUUCAACUUUUCAAGCUGAUCCAUCCGUCUAUUGCCAUUCGUAGUACUAUGACAUUUC